AUGGACAUUCUAUCCCCGAGCCACACCAAGGAGGUAAACAGCGACUGCAGCGACAGAGGCCGGCAAUGCUCCUAUCAACGUUUGUGCGAGAUUCCUGGCAAUCCACCCAGCUCUCUCCAGAGAGGUAGUCGACACAUCCCAGAAACGGAUGCGGAUAUUGAUGAUAUGCCCGAGUCAACCUGGGAUCUUGGAUUGCAGACAUUCUAUCCGUCUACAAGAGCAUCUUACAACCGCUAG